AACCUUAAAAAAAAAUCAAACAAAAAACAAAAUAUCUUCCCCCCCCCCUUCUAUUCGUCUAUUCGUGGUAUGGGAGAGAACCCCCCCGCAUAGCAGAACAAUAGAGUUCUACUUCUCUCUCUUUUUUAAUUUUUUUAAAAAUCGGGUGGACAAAAAACAACUGUUGUCCGGGAUCCGAUCAGCUGGAAACGUAUCCAAACGAUUAUUGAAUUAAUUGCACGACAGCUGUCCGUGCGGUUUGGGGAUGUCUCUUUGAUUUUUCAUUAUUUCAUUAACAUUGUACAAAAAAAAAAAAAAAUAAGAAAAAAUUGAAAAACCGUGCGCUCACGGGCCAGUCGAGUCAUUUCAAUCGAAUGUGACGCACCAUCUUUUUGGCCCGGCUGACUAAAAAUAAUACUUCCCUCCCCCCGGCCACAGUCGUUGCCAUUAAGGCCGGACGGCGUUCCUUCUUCGUUUUGGUCCGUGCCGGGUGUUUUUCGUCUCUCGCAAAUGAUAAAACCUCACCGUGUUGUUACACAGAGUACUUCCCUCCUCUCUCCGUUUCGUCACCCUCCUCCUCCCCCUCCACCACCUCCGCCCGUGUUUUUGUUUCUCGCCUCUUUCGCCACCUCACGGGAAAGAUAGACUAUUUUCUUUUUUUCUUUUUUUUUGUUUUUGUUUCCCGUCGUCGAAAGGCUUCAUAUGCGCUGUAUCGCUUAUUUCCUUCUUCUUCUUUUGUUUUGUUUUAAUUUUGUUUUUUAAAAUUCUCUUGCUCGUUCUCUUGACUUCCUCCCGGAAGAAUGGAAUGGAAUGGUCGGCUCGAAUUUCUCUUUCUUUUUGUUUUGUGUGUUUUUUGCACGCGGCCAAAACAAAACAAAACAAAAAAAAAGAGAGAUGAGUCUUCGUUUUGUACGUCUGCGGCCAAUGCACCCCCGCCAUCUCGAUGACUAAAUUUAAACUUUCCUCCGUUGGCUUCCCAUUACUUCCCUUACUGGCCGUCUCUCUUUCUCUUUCCUCAGUCGACUCGGUUUCCAGUUGUGAGUCUGAUCGUUUCCAGUGUCGUCUCUCGUUCUCCUUUUUCGAUUCCACCUCUUUUUUUUCUUGUGUGUAUGUGUGUGUGUGUGUGUGAGGAGGUAAAUGCUGAGAGGGGGGGAGGAACAAAAAGAAAAAGGGGGGGAAAACUGCUGGAACAGUUUUUCGGUUAAUUAAGAAGGCACUGCCAGUCGGACGACAUUAGCAAUGACGGAUCGUCAUUGCAGCGUGUCCAUCAAUGCCUACAUGACACUACCCAGACUGGGCCAAAUGGUGCCAUCGGCCGCCAACAAUCACCAGCCGAAUGGAAUCCGUUUCGAAUGUUCGUGGAGCAACAGCCUGCAGGAUUUGUCGCCGACGCCGAACCGACGUGCCACGUCCACGUCGCGUCUUUACAACGCGUCGAGUGAAACCGAUUCGAGUGGAUUUCGUUUGAGCCCUCGCAAGAAUUCGUCGUCGGGCUACGGCAGUGGCGAAACGACGGCGCCUGUCAUGGCUGCCACGCUGACCGUCUCGCAUCCGGCCGGAUCUAGUGGCUCCGCGAGCGCAGAGGGCGGAAGGAGAUGGACGCAGCCGUACGAGCGGAGGUGCCGCAGCACGUGCAGCAUCACGCUGCAAACUGGCCAAGAGAAUGGCGUCGUCCAUCCGACGCAGUCGGUUGCCAAUGCCCCGACCGGUGGCUAUCCGCUUCAUCCGCAUCAUUUCCGACGCUGUUCGGAAGGCGAGACGUGGAACAGCCACACGAAAAUGCCUCAGCUCUCCGUCCCGCCUGCCGCCCAAUCACCGUGUCCAGUUCCGACUGCGCGGCCCGUCUCUCCGGCCAUUUCCGCCACUUCAAUCGACAAGGUAAAAAGACGGAAAGACGGCCGGAAACAUGGCCGUGAAAGGCCGCGAACAGUUCACAUCGACGUGUAUUGCACGGCGUCGGAAUCGGAGACGGAGACGUGCCGAGAAAGCGACGAAUCGAACGAAUCGAACACUUCGACGGGCCAAACAGUUUUGAGGGCCGAUCAGAUUGGCACCAGAGUGCGGCACGUUCGCAAAAAGAACAGCCUGCCGCACGGAUUAGCUGCUAAAAACGGAUCAGGGCCGGCCCUGAAGCCCGUGCUGAGCUACCGCAUCAGCACCAAAGAGCUGGCCGAAGCUGUCGAACGCAAGCGCCGGUCUUCCAAGACGACGGACGUUAGCGAUUUGCUGGACGACGAACUUUUCCGCGAUCUGACGCUGACCGAUUCGUCGGUCCGCUCGCUGCUGGCCGAUUCCGAGCCGGAAUCGUCGGACACGCGCUUCAGCGAGGAUUCCAUCUUGGAUGCGCAAGAGGCGGACAGGACGUGGCGUUCGCCAGAGAAGGAGCGUAAGCGCAAGAUGCUGGAACAGCGAAAACAGCAGUGGCGGGCAGCCAAAUCGGCCGAGGCGUUGGAACAGGUCGGUCGAUUGGCUUGCAGGGAUAGUUCCAUGCGGCCGACGUCAUCCGUCGACACCACGCUGCACAGCGCGGCCUACGAAUUGCGCGAGAAAUUCCAGCGCCAGCUGCGUGGAAUCCAGGCCGGCUCGGAAAGGGUUUCCAGGUGCAACUCGCAGCGCUGCCCCACUUUGAAUCAAACGCCACCUCCGCCUUUGAGCCGGGAGUCGAGCAGCGCCGCUUCCGUUCCGUCAUCCUGCCGGCAUUCGUUGGCGGUUACCACCCCGAGCUUGUGUAGCAGUCCGGCCGGCAGUUGUAGCGUGACGGACAGCUGCAGUUCGAUGGACGUCCCAGUCGCUCAAUGUGAGCCUCCCAAGUUUGAAUUGCCCUGGCAGUGGCGCGUCCAGCAGCCGGCCAGUCCACUCAAGUCUCCCGUUGGCAUGUCGCCUUCCAAUUGGACAUUGAAGAAAUUCGGCCGCCACGUCGGUCCGGCUCGCAAUCCAGACUGUACCUGCGCCCACUGCCUCGAUCAUUUCAACCGCGUCGGUCCGUUCAAGAAAAGCGGAAUCAUCGCAUCGUAAAAAAACAAAACAAAACAAAACAACAACAGAAAAUUCGACACACACACACACAUUCAAAAAGAAAAAAGAAAAGAAAAAAAAAUAUACAUCAAAAUAAACAAAUAACAUUUUCAAACAUUCCCCCAUCCUCUUCUUUCAUCCGGUGCCUGUUUUGGUCGUUUCGUUUCCGGAAUUUCAUUUCCCUCUCUUUUUCCCCCGUCAACAAAGUGAAGAAGAAUUUUUUUGUUUUGUUAAAAAAAGAUUUUGGAAGUUGCUG